AUGAAGCUCCUCUACAUAGGCAUCCUCAAAAACGAAGCCAAACCCGCCGUCGAACUCGCCGCCGAACGCGACCUCUCCUCCUACUCCCGCUUCACCCGCACCUCCGUCGGCGAAUUCAUGUCGCUCUUCAGCAAAACGGUCGCCGAGCGCACCCGGCCCGGGCAACGACAAGACGUGGAAGAGCAAUCCUACACCUUCCACGCCUACGCCCGCAGCGAAGGGGUCGCGGGCAUCAUCAUCAGCGACCACGAGUACCCUGCGCUCGUCGCGCAUCAGCUGCUGGGGAAGGUGAUGGACGAGUUCAUUUCGAAGUUUCCUAGGUCCAGUUGGGCGAACAGUGAUGCGGGGGUCACGAUGCCGGAGUUGAAGGAGUAUAUCGCCAAGUAUCAGGACCCGGCGAAUGCGGAUGGGAUCAUGAAGAUCCAGAAGGAGCUGGAUGAGACGAAGAUUGUGCUGCAUAAGACUAUUGAGAGUGUGUUGGAGAGGGGCGAGAAAAUCGACAGCCUAGUAGCCAAGAGCGACGGCCUGAGCGCGCAGAGCAAGAUGUUCUACACCCAGGCCAAGAAGCAGAACUCGUGCUGCGUGGUCAUGUAG